AUGCAGUCUCCACUGAGACGGCCCAUGCUUACAUCCUCCGAGCCCAACGUGAUGAAUAGGUCCAUCUCAACUGUUUUCUCGGACAUGCUAUCCGUGGCCUUUUGUCGGGCCCUUCGCCGAUGUUGGGCCGGUUGGGCCUCUAUCCACCCCCACUUGGGCCCGAGGUCGAAAUUCUCGUUCAUGGGAUCACAUUGUAACAUUCCCGCGACCGCCGCCUCGGCGGCGGCGGCGGUGGCCACCGCCACCGCCAUAGCGUGGUUCGGAUCCUCUGCUGGAGACGACCGGAGGCUCUCCUCGUUGGUCUCGUCCGGCGAACUUUCGGCCGGAAAAUGCUCCAGCGACACGACUUCUGGUACUUCGAAUUGCCAUUUUUCUACGCUUUCUUUCUGA